CCACUACCAGAGCUCUCCACUCUCCACAGCAACCCCAACCAUCCUUCCCCAACUUCGAAUUCACACCGAAGUUGUGUCCAUCGUGUUUAUCGCGCGACAACAACAUCACUACAGCCCGUCUCUCGUACCGCAGCUGUCUUCACCGCCGCCAUGCAGCUCACCACCAUCUUCCUCGCCGCGCUGAGCGCGGUCUCCGUUACCGCAUCGCCCUCAUGGAUGGGUGGCGACCAGGUCACCAUCAAGGAGGAGUACAAGGUCCCAGGCGACAACCCCCUGUACUUCUGCGGCGACCCAGCCGACGACCUUCUGAAGAUUGAGAAGGUCGACCUGAGCCCCAACCCACCCAAGCCUGGCGAGAAGCUUAGCAUCAAGGCCACAGGCGACUUCAAGGAGGAGGUCGGUGAGGGUUUCAAGAUGCACCUGCAAGUCAAGUACGGCCUCAUCACACUCAUCAACCAAAACGCGGAUGGUUGUGAAACGAUAAAGAAGGGAGACCUCGAGUGCCCGCUCAAGAAGGGCGAGAUGAGCUUGACCAAGGACGUUGAUCUGCCCAGGGAGAUUCCUCCGGGCACAUACACCGUCCUCGCCGACGUCUUCACCGCAGAGGGCGACAAGAUCACCUGCCUCACCGCCAAGAUCGCUUUCCACCGGUAAAUUGCCUCACUUCGUAACGACUCUACAAUAUACGAUGAGCAACGAGGAUGUCUGAUAUUUAACCAUGCAGGGGAAACUCGGAGGAAAGUAAUGUAGGCAGUGGCAGCAAGAUCAAGAUGGGACAACCCAGGGUUCAGAUGAGUGGACCUUUGGCUGGCUUGGUACAGGAGCGUUUAAGGCGGAGGAACGAGCUGUAAAUCAUGUUGGCGGAUUUCCCUAUAUUUUGACUCGCGAUACCAGCACGUGUCGAUUGUAAGCCUUGGUUUCAAUGUUUCUCAACCAUGUUUCCCAGUAUAAUUCACAUGCCAAUUUCAAACUCACAUUGGUAUUACGAGGUAAAGGCAGUAAAGCAGUUCAUCGGCAAACAUAUGAACUUGUUUACUGCAGGUACCUCGCAACAACAGUGCCAGUUCAAGUUUGAUGCAUGGCAUGUGGAUAAAGAACGUAAUGACCGAUUAAUGUAGAUACGAUGGACAUGCAUAUACUUCAUG